AUGGAUGGGACCAGAAUGAACUUCUUCUUAGACUAUGCAAUUUGUAACCGUGGGACGAGCGCCUACGCGCCCAAGGACUACCAACAUCUCGACCAAGGGACAACUUCCUUUCCAUCUUGCUCAGGUACCUCUCCUUCCUGUGACAGCUAUCAUCAAGAGGGACGCUUCGGGACGACGGGGGUGGGCGCUGCUGGGCUCAACGCCCACCACCACCAGCAGCAGAACUCCAGUUACCCUCCUCCUCUUCCUCCUCCUCUUCCUCCCAACCCUGCUGGCCUUGGCAUCUCCUUCGCGGGGUCAUCCCAGCCAUCGGGUACAGGAUAUUCGGCAGCCCCCAACUGCAGCCCAAGCUUCGCCAACCAGCAGUUCUUCCUCGGCCCCCAGGAGACAGAUGGAGGCUACUUCCAGCCCUCGGCCUACCCUACCAGCGUGGCUCCUUCUUCCUCUUCCUCUUCUUCCAGCCUCGGAAGCUUACCUGACGGUUUCUGCGCCACCCCGGGCCAGUUCCAGCCACACCUCUAUGGGUCUGAGCAGGGUGGCUAUUUGCAAGGGGCUUUUGGCAACCUUUCCCCACCCUUACAGGAGAACAAAGACCCGCGGGCUUGCUCAGCCCAGCCAUGCCCCAUGGCUGCCACCACCGCCACGGCCACCACCCAGACCUUUGAAUGGAUGAAAGUGAAAAGGAACCCUCCUAAAACAGCGACCGUGUCCGACUACGGUUUGGCCGUCCACGCCAGCACCAUCCGGACCAACUUCACCACCAAGCAGCUGACGGAGCUUGAGAAGGAAUUCCACUUCAGCAAGUACCUGACCCGAGCCAGGCGGGUGGAGAUCGCGGCCACGCUGGAGCUCAACGAGACCCAGGUGAAAAUCUGGUUCCAAAACAGGAGGAUGAAGCAGAAGAAGAGGGAGAAGGAGGGUCUGGCUGGAGCCCCCGCCGCCCUCAGCGGCUCGGUCAAGGAAGCCAGCGAGGCCGCUUCGGACAGAUCCAGCAGGUCCUCCACGCCCGACGCUUCGCCCAGUUCCGUGUCCUCUUGA